CGUCGUCCUUUAUCCCCAACAUGGUCCGCAACCUCCUCGCCCAGCGCGCUCGCAGCCUCGCCCGCACCUACGCGGUCCGCCAGUUCCAUGCGUCGCCUGCGCCCUUUGCUCUCCAGAAGUUCCUCUUCCCGGCCAUGUCUCCGACCAUGACCGAGGGCGGCAUCGCCUCGUGGAAGGUCAAGGAGGGCGACUCGUUUGCGCCGGGUGACGUGCUUCUCGAGAUCGAGACCGACAAGGCGACCAUGGACGUCGAGGCGCAGGACGAGGGUGUUCUCGGCAAGAUCCUCGUCGGCGAUGGCUCCAAGGCGGUCCAGGUCGGCUCGCCGGUCGCCGUCAUCGGAGAGGAGGGCGACGACUUCUCGGAGAAGGCGCUGCAGGAGGUCCUCAAGGAGGACGUCAGCACGGCCGACGCCGACGUCGCGCAGCCCAAGGAGGAGACCAAGCAGGACAAGCCCGAGGCCAAGAAGGACACCGAGUCGACCAAGUCGGACGACAAGCCGGCGCCCAAGAAGGACGCGCCCAAGAAGGACUCGUCGCUCGAGCUCUCGGCCGACCGCCCCGUCAUCCUCGCGACGCCCAUGGCCAAGCGCCUCGCGCUCGAGCAGGGCGUCCCGCUCGCCCAGGUCAAGGGCACCGGCCCCGAGGGCCGCAUCCUCAAGGAGGACGUCGAGAAGUUCGCCGCGUCCAAGCCGUCUGGCGCGUCGGCUGCGCCGGCUGGCCCGGCCGCCGCCGCCAAGGCGUCGCCGUCGGCUGGCGCGGGCGCCGGCUACGUCGACACGCCCGUGUCCAACAUGCGUCGCGUCAUCGCGCAGCGCCUCACCGAGAGCAAGACCAACACGCCGCACUACUACCUCACGGUCGAGGUCAACAUGGACCGCGUCAACAAGCUCCGCGAGGCGUUCAACACGGCGGCCAAGUCGGCCGACACGGCGGGCGCGACCAAGGACGGCGUCAAGGCGGGCGUCAAGCUGUCGGUCAACGACUUUAUCGUCAAGGCGUCGGCGCUCGCGCUCCAGGACGUGCCCGAGGCCAACUCGGGCUGGCACGGCGACUUUAUCCGUCAGUACGAGACGCAGGACGUGUGCGUCGCCGUGUCGACCCCGACGGGCCUCAUCACGCCCAUCGUCGCCGACGCCGGCCGCAAGGGCCUCGCCACCAUCUCGGCCCAGGCCAAGCAGCUCGCGGCCAAGGCGCGCGACGGCAAGCUCAAGCCCGAGGAGUACCAGGGCGGCUCGUUCACCAUCUCGAACCUCGGCAUGAUGGGCGUCGAGUCGUUCACGGCCAUCAUCAACCCGCCCCAGUCGUGCAUCCUCGCCAUCGGCGCCACCGACAAGAAGCUCGUCGUCGACCCGUCGAGCGACAAGGGCUUCAAGGAGGUCAGCGUCAUGAAGGCGACCCUGUCGUGCGACCACCGCGUCGUCGACGGCGCCGUCGGCGCGAGGUGGCUCAAGGCGUUCAAGUCGUACCUCGAGUCGCCCCUCUCGUUCAUGCUGUAGGUAGCCCCCUCUCGUUCUCUCUCUCUCUCUCGCGCGCCGCACUUCGUCUUGUUCUUCUUGGUUGGACCCCUCUCUCGCCUUUCCCUUGGUUACAAAAGGAUCCCCCACACCCCCUCGCGGCCUUUCUCUCUCUCUCUCUCUCUGCUGAUUUAGACGUUCCCCUCUCUCCCUCUCCCCUCGUAACACCUCUCUCGCGCCCCUU